CACAAAAACCGCGGAUAGCACCGCUUCUGCGUCCAAGUACCAUCCAUGGGAUGGUGUCGCUACGAGGCACUCCUUGCCGUAGAAGAGAGAGUGGGUUGGAGUGGUGGGGAGAAUAAACUAUCGGAGAAUCUCUUCCCUAUAUAUCAGUUCUCUCAGCUACUUCGAACUUGGCUUGAUUACCAUCCUCUGAGACUUGUUCCGAUCAGACCCUGUUUCACACAUCUUAUUUCGGGUCAAGAAAAUGAGCGCUUUACCUCGCCAGAUCCUCCUUCACCUGGCUGAGUUGGCUUUGAAAUCUCUGCAGGCAUGGUGCUUCGGCUCUGAGGUCUUCGUGUUGACAUCAUUCCGACAGAGACUUGACCACGAGAGCAAGGAACUAUUGGAUAUCUGCCAGGGUCUCCGGCUAGGAGGGUAUUCCUCGGCAAAAGUGCUUCUGCUCAAUGAGAACUCGCUCCUUAAUGAGCAUACCAGAUAUAUCUCCGAUAUGCUUCACGACGACAUCAUUCUAAAACUGGCCCUUCUGACUUGGUACUUUGAUUCAACGUCCCAAUUCCCUUCAGAAAAGCUUCUAAACUUUUUCGCACACCCCCACGACAAGGUUGAAGCUGUGUGCGAGGCAUUGUUUGGACUAUACACUUUGCAGACGGGAGAGAAGAUAUCAUACCACAGCUUCAGAGCGAAACUGUUAGAUACUCUUGGUUACGUCGAAUAUCUUGUUGGGGAUGUAUACAAUCUGAUGUUGGAAUAGGGGGUGGAAUUGCGUAGGACGCCGGUCAGCAUCCUGUACUAUUUUGUGGAAGUC